AUGGAUUUUCAGGACAAAUCAAAAGAGCCCGAAACUAAAGAAAAGGAGAAAGACAAAACGAGAAGCAAUUCCAAGGAGCGGGACUCGAAAUCAAAGACGAAAGAAGCGGAUACCAAGCCCGACAAAGAACGCUCGAAAAGCAAGGAAAAGUCAUCAACGAAGGAUAAGGAGAAGAAGAGCUCAAAAUCUGACAAGGAAAAGAAGGAAAAGAGUGCCAAGAAGCCCAAGAUGGAGGAACAGGUGCCAGCAUCAAGAAGAGGUUCUGUUGCCCGGGUACCAGAACCAGGACCGGCUUUCGACCACGUCGAACAGGAAACGCACUUGGAUAGUCAUGACGAAGAACAAUCAGCAACGGCAAAAACAGAGGAUAGCGGAUUCGGCACGGAAAUGGAUCGCACGAUCAGCCCCAGGCCGCCACCCCCGGAAUUGAGAGAGCAAACGAGAAUUGGAACGAGUAUGGGUCGGCCUCAAACAUCAAUGGGACGACCUGGAACUGCAGCCGCGAGAGCUGCACCUCCAAAACUGAAGAAGAAGCAGAUUCUGGAAAUUGAGGAGAAGCCGCAGGACAACCAGCAAGUCUCCGAGACGGUCACCUGCGAGAAGGACAUCAGCCUUGCGGACUCAAGAAGAGCGACAUCUCCUCCAUGUUCACCGCCGACAUGGACGCCGGAGCACCUCAAGUACCUGUGGACGGCGUGGAUUAAGAACGUCGCCAGGCUUGAGGCCCCAGUACAAGGGCUGCUGGAUUUGAGCAACACUGCCGCCAAGCUCAACGGGUUCGCCGACGGUGGCGCGAUGUGGCGCAGCGCUUUCGACCUCUCGAACAAGAACACCCCACCCAACAGCUCCAUGCCUACAUGCGUCGCCAAAUCGCUGGCAUCUACAAGAAUCCCCGCCGGGCUCACCAAGGACAGACCGAUUCCUGCGCAUCUUUUCGGAAGCACUGAAGGAGGCGAGUGGGCCAACCACUACGACCAGACGAAGCCCAACUUCGAGGACGACCCCGUUUCAUCUGAGAUUCUCGAGGCCAUGCAGGCACAGAACUACACCUCUAAGACCAUGUUCAUCAAGUAUAAUUUUCCGGCCUACCGCUACAUGAAAUCCGUUGGGUUCCCGUCACUCCCGAAGACUUUCUGGACAAGCUCCGUGUUCCAACGUGUAUGGUCAAAGGAUAUGCUCUGCGACCCGGCCGCCGCUUUCGAUAUGCGUGACGGAAAGGACUUCAGAGUGAAGGCCUGCGCCCAGAUCGGCGAGCCCGACUUCAAGCUGGCCCAUUCUCUGUUGGCUCAGGUCUACUACCAAUACCUCUACAGGACUCAAGCAGGAGCUUUCAGGGAAUCCGCCAGUCCUUCCAUCAACGAGGCCAUUGCCGCUGUUUUCUCGCAUCUGGCCUCGAACCCGAACUAUUUGUAUUCUCAGCAACUCCUCAGCCACGAGCACCUCGAGGUCAAGGAGUCCACAAUUGUCAAUAGGCUGUACAAGUGGGAAGCCCUUGAUAACAUCGCCAAAAUCCCGUUUGCCGUCACCGCCGACACGUGGCGAUAUGACAUUCUGGAGGGCAAGGGACCGACGAUGACAAUGACGAUCCCGGAAAUCCAAUCUGGACGGCAAGGUCUCAUCUGGAAUUUUGAGCGAGGACAAGAGUCUUGCGGCGAUUUCAAGGAGGUGCCUGUACUAAUGUGCGAGGACUGGGCCUCUGAUUCAUCACUUGUGAUGGUAAGGUUGUGUCUGCAAUCGAAGGCCUCUUCACCUCAAGUUCGACAACACUGUCUCGUGCGUCGUGUCGAACCGAAUUGUCAACGUUCCGCCACCACCGCGUUCGGCUUCGGUUUCUUGAUCGCGCUGCUCUGCGCGCUGUUUCUAAAUUUGAAA